AAAGAAAAAAAAAGAGAAAAACACUUGAAACUCGGUAAUUACUAAUUAGCAAAAAUAAAACCAAAAACACACAUACAUACAUCCAACAUCCAAGUCUCUAGUGCAAAAAGAAAAAAAAAAAAGAAAACAUCCAAGUCUCCAAUCCUCCUCAUCCUUCAUCAUCUCCAUUUCCUGAAACCUUCUGAAUCCUAAAUUAUUGCAGGGUUUUUCAGAUCCUCUGUCUCGCUUUUCAUAUUCGCAUGUACAUAUGUAUUUGUAUGUGACUAAAGUGCGAUUAGUGCUUGAUCAGCCGGCGACAACUUCCCUAUGAGUAAGCGCAGGGAGCGAGCCCUCCAAGAUCUCUGCGAUGCUACUCUCUCGCUCUCACAGCCCCAGGUGACUGCAGUAUUGAGAGGAAAAUUCCAAAUUCAAGGGCCAGUUGAUGAGUCAAAUCAUGACUUGCCGACCCAUAUGGUGAGAUUUAUAUGCGGGCAACACCUGAAAAUUUCAAGGGGUUAAGUAUUUGUUCUGUUAGCGAAGCAGUUGUUUAUAGAGGGAAGAAGGGGACGUGUAAUGUGUGCUCUGCUCCUUGCUCAUCUUGCUUUCAUGUUAAAAAGGAUCUAAUGAAACCCAAUGAUGAGUCUGCUGGAGAAACCGUUGCGGAGAAUAUCGAGAUUGAGCAGCCAAGUGUGCUGAGCACUGUGGCAGGAAUGAAUUCAAUUUCUGAUUCUAUCUGCAAAAAUGCAGUUGGUAAGACAUCCUUGAGAACUUCAAAUGGAUCUGCAUCAGAUGAUGGUGUGGUGCAUUCAAAAUCUGAUGGCCGGAGAGUUCCAGAAGGCCAUGAUGAUUGUUUGUCAGGUAUUAGCGGAACCAACGAACAUCCAACUAAUAACGUUGCUACGGAGAAAAGUAUGAUGAAGUAUAACAGGCCAGGCAAAGUUAGUGGAGCAAACUCUUCUCAGGUUCAGAGUAAUUUUUCUCCAGCUUCCAAUGGAAUAUACGUAUCACCCAGCCAAAACCCAAGAGAUCUGAAAGAUGACAAGAUUUCUUCUACAAAGAGUGAACUGUUGGAUGGCUCAAAUGAAUCCCGAGAUUUGAUAUCGGCCAGAGGUGUAGCUUUUGAUGUUUGUGGAGAUCCUCUCGCUACAGCUGUCAGUCCCAAUCGAAAGAAUGACCAUAUGGAGGUUGAAACUCAACCUGUUGAUGAAAUGGAGGAGUCGGACAUGAUGGAGCAAGAUGUGAAAGUUUGUGAUAUCUGUGGAGAUGCAGGGCGGGAGGAUUUGCUUGCAAUCUGUUCUCGCUGCAGUGAUGGGGCAGAACACACCUAUUGUAUGCGAGAAAUGCGGACUGAAGUCCCUGAAGGUGAAUGGCUGUGUGAAGAGUGCCAGGCUUUAGAGCGUGCGGUCAAGAGAAGGGAAAUAAAGAUUGAAAGAAAGAAUGAAAUUGAGAAAAAUAACUCUGGUCACACUACCAGUGAACACUUAAAUAAUUCUGAGGUUGAUGGACAGAAAACAAAAGGUUUGACGAGAAUUUCUAGUAAAAGGCAUAGAGAUGAUGAUGAUGAUGAUGAUGCUGAAGUUUCUUCUUUAGUAAAGAAGCCUGCUCUUGAGUCAAAACUUGGAUCACCAAGGCCCUUAAAUUCUGGCAAAGCUGCUGUGCUUACUCGUGAAAAUUGUGUAAAGAUCUUAGAUAAAGGUAGGGUGCAGCCUCAAGACAUAGCCCCAGUUAAUGAUACCGCAGAAUCAGGAAGCUCUGCUUCAGAUCCGAGGGUGCAUGGUUUUCGAGGUACUUUCGCAAAAUCUAAUUCAUUCAGUUCCCUGAAUUCAAAACCAAAGGUAAAGCUUGUAGGUCAAGCUGUUAUCCAGGGGCAGAAAUCAGCUAAGGAAGUCAGCUCUUUUCGUCACAAGGAAGGUGUUGUCAGAUCGAUGGGAAAAUCUAUGUCAUUUAAAUCUACAAACUCUGGCCGUCCUGAAUCAAAAGUAAAGAUGUUAUCUCCGAGACUUUCGCACAUCCAGGACAUUAAAAAUACGAAACAGAGGAAUUCAUUUGAACGUCAGCGUGCCUUCAGAACAGAACGUUCAUCAAUCAGUUCUACAUCAAGAAUUGAUAAAAGAACGCCUUCACUUGCUACCAUGGCUAAUAACCAUGAAACGAAGCCUGUACAGGCUGAUAGCAAACCAUCAACACUAUCAAGAUCAUCCAGUCUUUCUGCUCGAAGGACUGCAGAUCUAACCAGUUCUUCAGGUGAAUUCAAGAGACCAUUGGUACACGGGCAUUGUACUGUUGGGGGUUCAUCUACCAAUGGGGUCAGCAGUAAUGAAAACAAAGUAAAUCAGGCGAACCUGAAGUCGGAUUCAAUUUCUGCCGAAAGGUCUGCACUUAAUAUGGAUGUGGGUAUACCUGUUGGAUUGCCUCGGCUUAGGGAUUUAACAAAUUCUUGUGAGAGAAUGAAGGAUUGUUCUGGAAGCCGCUCUGGCCCACCAUCUGCAAUGCCUGCAAGAGAUGAAGGUGAUAAACUUAAAGCUGCCAUUGAGGCUGCUGUGCUGAGGAAACCAGGCGUGUACCGGAAAAAUAGAGCUGUCGGUCAAUCUGAUGACUCAUCCAUGCCAAGUUUGGGUGUUGAAGUGACCUGUCAUCAAGAUCCUAUAUCAAGUUCUGCUGCAAAUAGAAAAUUAUCUUCUGCUGGGGAGCUGCCUGAGGGACCUACGAUUGCAAGGAAUUUAAUUGCUGACUCUCAUAAACAGGAAAAUUCUGAUUCUGUGAAACAGUCUUCACUGGUCCCUGUAGAGGGUCUUCCUACUGCAGGACAAGAUGGUGUCCAUAGUAGCUCUUCCAGACGGGAUCGUGUGUACCGAGGAAGUUUUGUGAUUUCUCGAAGUGGUAAAACUAUGGACUCAUGGGAUGGAAUCCAAGCCCAUCUAUCAACAUGUGCAUCACCCAAAGUUACUGAGGCUGCAAACAAGUUUAAUAGCAGAAUUUCACUCAAUGAAGUGCCUCGCUCAAGCACCUGGCCAAUACAUUUUCAGGAACAUGGUGUUAGAGAAGAUAAUAUAGCUCUAUUCUUUUUCGCUAAAGAUCUUGACAGCUACGACAAGAUUUACAAGGUUUUACUGGAUAAUAUGAUGAAGAAUGAUCUUGCUCUGAAAGGAAAUGUUGAUGGCGUUGAACUGCUGAUAUUUCCUUCCAGCCAGCUCCCUGAUAAUUCCCAGCGGUGGAAUAUGUUAUACUUCCUGUGGGGUGUAUUCAGAGGGAAGAAGGAAAGUUGCCUGCGACAGAUGCCUAAAUCACCGAACCAAUUUUCUGCCCCUCGAAAUAUUCCCACCCCUAUCAUGUCCUUGCCUGAGAAUAGAUGCUCACUCAGACCUAUUGCAGAGAAUCAGAAUGGGAGUAAAGAGGCAGUGACUCAAGUACUUGAAAUGCCUGCUUCAGAAAAAUUGCAGAGAUUAUUGUCGUCUAGUAAUAGAGACUCUGAUGCCAAUUUUGUUGAUCGGUUGGAUCACCAACUUAAUUCCACUUCGCCACCUGCGAUACAAAAUGAUAAUGCAAACCGAUGCCAAGAUAUGACGAGAACUUCCCAGGAAAGAGACACAAGUUCCAGCUGUAGUCCUCUUCACCAUGCUACAGAAAAUGGUUGUUCUCCUCAAAAGCAGCUAGAGCAAUUGGACACUCCAGUUGAUAGUCAUCAGCUCACUAAAUCUGUGGCUGGUCCACCAGAGGAAUUCAUAAAUGAAGCUUGUACAAAGGAUAAGAUAGAUGAAUUGAGAUUACCAGCAAGACUGGCCGAAUCCGAAACUGUUUUGAAGGAUCACGAGAGAUGGAUGUUUAACAACAACCAAUAUAUGCUACCAGGGCCAUCGUCAUCACCUGUGGUGCCUCCAACCCUUUUUGGCGGGGCUACUCGAGUGCUGCCAGGCAAUGAUGCUGGUAAUGAUAUAUGUCAAAAAACGAAUAAUCACCACAAUUUCAUUCUCGACCAAACUGCUGCUGCUGCUGCUGCUGAGAGACGCUUCUUUCCGACUGCCGAAUCACAAUUGCCGUGGAAACUGCACAAUCACCAUCAUCAUGUGGUGGAACAAGAAGAUAGUCUUAGUGAUAGAUUAGCACCACCUGAUCUCGAGCUUGCUUUAGGGGCUUCUGAUAGAAAAUCACCACCACCUGCCGCCAAUAUUCAGUCAUACGAUUUAGUGAGAAUGGGAAGUAAAGCAGUAGUAAACGAUAACAAAGUAAAUGAGGAUGAUGUGGCAGGUGGGACAGAGGUAGAGGAUGACGUGGCGGGUGGGACAGAGGUAGAGGAUGACGUGGCGGCAGCACUUUCCCUCUCUCUCUCUUUCCCGUUCCCCGAAAAGGAAAUGACCCCAAAAUCAAAGACAGAGAGAACGUGUCAACAAGACUUGAAUGCUUCUCUUUGGAAAUUUGGGAGAUGA